UCUGGCAGCAGCAGCAGAAAAUCUCCAAGCAAACUUUGAUUUAACUGAAAGUGAAGAUGAACGCAGCAGUAAUUCAGCAGCAAACCGGGACGUUUCUACCGGAAAUUACCAUCAAAAGUACCCAACGGAGGAAAAGUACAGGUACUCAGUACAGUAAUAUAAAGCAGGAGAAGAAGUCCGUCCAGACUGGAUGGGUGUCAGAUAAUUCAGCUCAGAUUCUCUCCAAGGCAGAAAUAUUACUCUUCAGAAACAGUCCAAAGCAGAACAUCUGUGUACAGCUGCUUCAACAAGGAUUUCACAGGUCGUUCUCAGAGCUCUUCUUUCUGCUCGGCGCUGAUCGGGAUCGGAGGGCGGCGGCUGAACCUGGUUCAGCCGUCUGGCUUCAGACUCCGCUGGACCAACAGUGGGACAAACUGGAGACCUUGAAACACCACCUGAUCCGGGCCGAGAAGGCUGAGAGCACCUGUUCGUGGACAGUGGUGUGUGAUCAGCGUCUGUUUUUGGGUCAGUACUUCUCGGCUCCAGAGGACGCCUGGCUCACUUUGCACUUCUACCACAGCUGUGCAGACCGGGAGCAAGGGGGCCACUCGAGACCGGCCACCGAGGCCCGGGCAUGCAUGGCAGAGGUCUACUUGCAACUAGGUGAGCUGGAGCAGGCGAGGCAGCAGGCGGAGCUGUGCAUGCAGCAGGCAGAGGAUUCCGGCUGGGUGGACUCGGCCGGUCGACCCCUGUGGCUCCGGGCCUGCAAAGCCCUGUGGACGAUCUACAGCCGGCUGGCCGACGCUCUGCUGGACGCCGAGGACCACGCCGAGGCCCUGAGGCUGCUCCACAAGGGCUACAGCAUGGCCACUGGGGCCGAAGACAAACCGAUUCAGGGUGAGGCAUCCUACAGACUGGGACUGACCUAUCAGAGUGCAGGAGACCAUGACACAGCCAAACAGUUCUUCAACACUUGCAUGCAGAUUUGUGGCACACUGCAGGAUGCAGAUGGGCUGACAAAGUCCUACAAGGCUAUGGUCAAGUCUAUAGAGAGUGAGGGAAACAUACAUGACACACUGCAGUGUCUGGAGAAGUUAUCAGAUAUCUCCCGUGGUAACGGACUACAACACAACCUGGUGGACGCCUUCCUGCAUCUGGGCACUAUCUACUAUAAGAUGAGUCAGUAUACGAGAGCUUGUGAGUACUUCCUGCAGGGUUAUGAAGUUGCCUGUAACCUGGAAGAUGCGUCUCUCCUGCCUAAAGCACAGGUGUUGUUGGCCAGCGCUCGCGCUCACUGCCUGAUGGAUCAAAACAUGGCUGACGUGGAGUCGGCCUCGCCCGCCGCCCUGCGACGCCUGCUGGCCUGGAAAGAGACGAGCCGGGACUCUACAGAGAGUCCUGCUGCUGCCUGGUGCUGACUCUACCAGAUAAAGACACCACACCUCCAGCACACAUGAAUAAAUAACAUCAAAACAACAGCUGAUUUGAUGUAUCAAGGCAUAUUUUAUAAACUGUCAAUUUAUCAUUGUCUUAACCCUAUAAAGCCUGAACCAUGAAACAAUUGCCAGAAAAUUCUAUUAUGUUUAUUGAACCUGCUAACCAAAAAAACAGAAAAACAAAAAAUCAAUAUCAAUUUGCAUGUAUGAAUUCUAAUUUGCAUCAUAUUUGAUACACCGGGUCUUUUCGUGCAACCUAAAAAUAUUUUUAACCAAUUAAACUUUGACUUUCCUUUUAAAAUUUUUCUCAAACAUACAAAAUAUUUUUUUUCCAAAUUAGACAACAUCAUACAUCUGCUGAUAUGAAGUUUUCAUGCUGCAAUGAUGGAUCCACCAGUGGAACCUGCAUAUUAUUUGGGCUACAUCUGGUGUUUAUAUAUUUUUUUCUUCAACACAUGUAUACAUCA